AUGACGCAGCCAGCAACUGCUUGGAUGAAAGCUCAAGUCCAGAAAGGCAACGACAGAACUCGGCUCACACUUCCAGACGCAGAUCUUAGCAAUAAAUGGGUAGUGAUAAGUGGAGCCAAUAAUGGCAUAGGGAGACAUGCAGCUAUCAAGUUCGCUGCAUGGGGCGCGAAUAUGGUGCUGGCGUGUAGAGAUGCCCCGGCCAAAGAAGUGCAUCCCACAGAGGUUGUUGCGGAAUGUCGAGAAGCCGCCUUGCAGCAAGGCCAUGCGAAUAGUGUCAUUGAAUGGUGGCAAGUGGACUACACUGAACUGAAGAGUGUAGAAGAGUUUGCCCAAAAAUGGCUGCAGACUGGAAGAGCGCUAGAUCUACUCCUCAACAAUGCAGGUAUCGGGUCAAGUCCAGGAGGGUCAUCGGUCUUCAAGACAAAAGAUGGCUUCGAGAUCAUUCACCAAGUCAAUUUUCUCUCGCACGUUUUGCUCACUCUACGACUCCUUCCGUCAUUGGCCAAGAGCAGGGCUCCCCGUAUAGUUUGUACGACCUCGUCCUAUCAUUAUCUUGGAGAUUUCAACCUGCAAAAUUGCAAUGGGGAGCUUGGUUCCCCCGGUCAUGAAGGUGUCAAUUAUUACAAGAACAACAAGCUUUGGUUUCAGGUAUGGCUGACGGAACUUCAAUCCCGAAUGCUACAUCGACCUGAAUAUCAACACAUUACCAUCAAUGGCGUUCAUCCAGGGUUCGUCAACUCGGGGAUCUGGAAUUUGAAUAACACUGAAAGCUGGCUCACAACAGCAAAGCGCAUUUGGGUCAAACUCAACGCCUACUUUUACGGCAUAAGCGAGGAGCAAGGAUCCUUGGCAUUGUUGAAAGCAGCAACAUGUAUUGAAGCAGGGCCCGACCCCCAGGUGCAAAGUGUUGGCGAGGACGGUGGAAAGGGAGGCGGGAGAUAUUUUUCCAGAUUUUCCGAUGAAAUUCCCAUGCCACAAGCCCAUGAUUCGGAUUCUCGGCAGAGUUUGUGGAUCAAGGUGAAUGAUGAGCUCAAGCUACGUGAGAAAGGACUGCUAGACAUCUUGGGAUUCGAUCCCAUAUCUUGA